GUAACAGGUCAGGGCUGCCGCAACUGUCACAGGUCCAGGCUGCAGCGACAAUCAUAGGAUCGGGCUGUAAGAGUUGGCUAGGAUACCUAACUGCGUCUUCAGGCGGUCCAAUGGAACCCAACACGAUGGGGCCACAACCGACCGCGGGCGAAGCGGGCGAGGAGUACAUGACAUCGCCCGAUCGAGCUCUGAGAGAUCUGAAGGAACGAAUUAGGCGAGAAGCAUCGUUGAGAUGGGCUGACCAAACUAAUGACGGAGGGUCCGACGUGACGGGCGAACCAGUUGCGACAGAGCCGCAGGAGGCUCUAAAGACGGGUACCUCGAGCGGACGACGAGAAGCGACGAGGCGACGCUCCCCCGAGUACGAGCGGAGGGACACCAUAGCGGACAGGCACAGAGACGACUGGAGAGAGAGUUUGAGGGAUUCCUAUUGGAGGGACAAAGAUAGAGACAGGGCGCCGCCCAGGCGAGUCUUCGACCCCCAGACAGGGGAGUCACAUCCGCUCCCUUAUGAGAGCAAGAAUCGCUAUAUUAUUACACACAAGGCCUCAGAGCCUCCUACUUUCAGGGGCUAUGGUAUCAUAGAAUAUCUCGAGAAGUGGGGGCUUCACGCCAGCCGGAGUCAGUGGUCGGAGGAAGAGAUUAUAGAGAACUUCCUAUUUAAUGUGGACCCAAGUCUCGGUAGGGAAGUUAAGGAAGCUYGMCCGAAGGAUGGAAAAUGGACUACGUACAAGAAGAACCUCGUUGAGCUUUACAAAUUGGAGGAUAACAAGUAUUCCAUCAAGGACCUUGAAACAAUGACUCAAGAUGAAGAUGAGAGCGUACGGGCAUUUGGGAUGCGUUUCGAGAAGAUCUCCGACGUACUGAUGAAGAAGGGGAAGAUCUCAGAGAUCGAGCACUGUACUAUCUUCAUCGGACACCUGUCCAAAGGUAGGCAAAAAAGUAUACUUAGAGAUCUUCCGCGCGACAAGCUUGAUUUCCCAGAAGUCCUAAAGCUCGCGAUAAAGGCAGAGGCAAACGAUUACAAGGACUUGGUGUGGAGAGGGAUGAGGAGACGUGACUUCUCUCUCUACAAGGAGUAUGCCACUGAUAGAUGUUCUGAUUUCAAGGACUAUCCCUGGUCGGAGAAGAAUGAGGCCGUGGCUGAGGAAGUGAAGGAGAUCCGGGAUAUGGUGAAGGGAUUGACGAGACAGGUUACAGAGAUUGUGACCACUACAGGGGCCACGGCCUACCGGGACAAACCUGGAGGGCCCUAUUCACUUCGCUGGGACCGUAGGAACAAUGAUUCCUGGAGGAGUGUCGAGGAUAGAAAUCCUCGGACGCUGACUGAUUAUCGAGAUCGGGACUGGGAACGACGAGAUGGGUCGCGCAGACGAUUUGAGCGCGGGGGAGAUGCGAGAGAGCAGCGCGACGAGUCGCGGGGGUGGUACAACCGAGGGGACCAACGCGAUGAUUCGCGAGGGCGGUAUAAGCAAGAAGGGUCUGGAGGAGACCGCCGCAACGAUUUGCGCGGCCGGAAUGAGAGAGGGGGAUAUGGCGCCUCAUCAGAGCCUUAUCCCAAGUCGCCUGACCCCAAGGCAGCCAGGGGUUCGAUCUCUAGAAGCGCAGACGACAGACCAUCUACUCCCAGGAACUCAUGCACUUACUGUAGAGGAGAAUAUCAUAUCAAGAGGGAUUGCACGGACCUCAAAUGGGCAAUAGAUGAGAGACUUGUUGUGCUUGACGACCGCAAGUACGUCAAGUGGGCAGAUGAUCUGGGAGAUGUAUCGAUGUUCCCUUCGAUGAAGGAGAAUGUCGAAGCAAGGAGAGUAAAGCCGAGUAAGGAAAAGGAGUCGGUCAGGAGCCAGAGCAUCAAGAUAACCUUUGAGGGGGAUAUGGCGACCACACCCAUAAGGGUGACAGCCACCAAGUCGGCGAGAGGGUCUACAUCGAAGAAGACUGACACGGACUACGUGAUAACGGAGAAGGACGGGCAGCGCGUCGAUGGAGAGGAGGUUAUCCUUUCGCCGCGAAAGAUGGGAGUGAAGAAGUUCUUAAUGAAGAGUUCGCUGGACGAGAUUGACACGGUCGAGCCACCGAGUCGGACCCUUUGGCAACCCAUGCAGUGCUCUAUUCUGCAGUACCUGGCGGCAUCGAAGCCGGCUCGUGAUGAGUUACAGAUGAUCACGCGGAAGACUCGCAUACCUCUAUCGGAGGAGGGUCUGGGGGCCCCUAAGGCGGAAGCUCCCACAGUAGCAGUAACGGGGGUGACUGCCAGAGCGGAUCGCAUGGCGACAGUCCUUCUCGAUGGAAUGGAAGGUGUGAUUCCAGACAAGUUUUAUAUACUUGGUAACCGGGCCGUGGAGACGAUUAUAAACGAUGGAGCGAUGCUCGAUGCUAUAAUCGAUAAUGGCAGUGAGGCUGUCAUCAUAGACGAGGACCUGGCAGUACAGGUUGGACUGGGCCUUGAUAGGUCAUAGCUAUUCGAGAUAGAGACGGCUGAUGGGAGAAAGCAACAGAUCACUGGGGUUUGUCACAAGGCAGCCAUAGAGGUCC